AUGGACCUAUUUUUUAAUCAGAUUAAUAAAGGAUCAACAAAUUUGAGCAAGAUAUUAAGCAUAGAUUUACAAACUAAUGGAAAACUGAUUGCAAUUUUACAAAACUCAUUAAAUACGCCGGCAUUUAAUUCUACUAAAUUAUGUGAUAUCAUUGAAGAAAGGUUAAAUAAUCAACUAUUAUCAACUUCAACACGAUUUAAACUUUUGAUAGAAAGUUUUUUGAAUUAUUGUUCCAAAGUAGAUCCAUGGUCUAUUUGGAAUAAUAUUGAUUUGAUAUUUCAAUACUAUCAAGAUUUGACUAAUUUGGUCUCAUCUUUUGUCACCAUAAGUGAUUUACCCAAUGUUAUAUCUCUUAAUAUUCAGUUAUGUGAAUUAUUUAGAUCUAUGACUUUGUUCAUUAUACCAAUUUCCUUAAAGGUUGAUGCUGUGUAUUCAACUAGUGUUAGUACUACGAAUAAAAACGACUAUAUUUUCACCACACAGCUAACUUUAUUUUUGGCUAAAUUUUUUCAAUCUAUAAAACCAUUAAACAAUCGAUUGAAUGAAAAGGAACGAAAUCCGAAAAAUGAACUUUUAUUAUGGGUGGUUAAUCGAUUAAACAAUUUAUAUAUCAAGAUUGGUUCGUCGUCAUCUUGUAACAAUAUUUUUCAAAACAUAAGCCAUAAAAUAGGUAAUGAUGUUGCCGGCAUUAAAUCUAUCCAUAAGUUUGAUGUUUUAGAAUACAGGUUUAUUUUGGGACGCUUUUACCUAAUGCAAAACAAACUUACUAAGGCAUUUUAUCAUUUAAAUCAAACUUAUACAGAAUUAUCUUGUUUGUAUGAGUUUUAUCAUUUUCAACAAUUCUAUAUUAAUAUUGAAAAAGUGUUAAAAUAUUUACUACCCUUGGGUUUAGUUUUGGGUAAAAUACCAAAACUUCAAACACCAAUAAUCAAUAAUAAUCCACACCUGGCAGAGUAUCAGAAUUUGGCUAAAAUAACAAUGAGUGGUGAUUUAUCACUUUUCAAUGAAUGGAUGACAAGAAAUCAGGAUAUCUUACUGAAGGAGAACGUAUAUAUUCUAUUACUAGACAAAUUACCACUAAUUAUUUUAAGAAAUUGUAUCAAAAAUAUUUUCCAAAUUACAACGUAUCCUGCAUCCAACAAAAUUAGUUAUGAAGUGAUAAGUAGAGGUUUACAAUAUAGCUGUAGGGAUUUUGCCUUUGGUGGUGUCAGUAAGAACUCGCUGACCCUAAUGUUUCAAGAUUUAGAUAUUUUUAAUGUGGAGAAUGUUUUAAUUACAUUAAUAACAUAUAAUUUGUUAAAGGGGAAUUGUUUUCCGAUGAAUAAAGUAAUGGUUACUAUGAAAAACGUUUCUAUAAAUGAAAUAUUCCCACCUAUUAACGAAAAAAUUUUGGUAAAAUUUCCCGUGGCUAAUGGUGAUGAAAAAGAUUCGUGGCUUUAUCAAUUGUAG